CCAAAUUGUUUACAAAACAAAUAUGGAAGACGCAGAAUCCAAAACAGACAAGAAAAAUUGUACGUUCUUAUUUAAAAGAAGAAAAAUUCGAAGCACUGCAGCUAGAAAACGUAAAAUAGGGAAUAACGAAAAUGAGAGUAGUGAAGAUGAAACUACAGUAAUUAGGAAGGAAAAGAAGCAGGAUGAUAAUAAUCUUAUGAAACAAAGUACUAAUACAAGGAAAUUAAAAGAUCAGCAGAAAAAAUUUAAUAAUGACAGUAGCGAAGAAGAAAGUAUUACAGUAUCUUACAAAAGUUCUAGAACGCCUAUGCCAGCAGGACCAAGCGAUCAAGGAGCAACAGCAAUUUUAGAAACAGAAACAGAAAAAGAUAAAGAUGCUCAAGCUUUGUUUGAAAAAGCUCAAAAAAUAAAUGAGGAACUUGAAGGAAAAGAAGAUGAUAAAAUAUAUAGAGGUCUGAAUAAUUAUAUUCAAUAUUACAAAAAGAAAGAUACAGCUGCUGGAAAUGCUUCUAGUGGUAUGGUACGUAAAGGGCCAAUCAGAGCACCAUCUAACCUUAGAGCAACUGUAAGAUGGGAUUAUCAACCAGAUAUAUGUAAAGAUUAUAAAGAAACUGGUUUUUGUGGUUUUGGAGAUAGUUGUAAAUUUCUUCACGAUCGUUCAGAUUACAAAUUGGGUUGGCAGCUAGAAAGAGAAGCUGCUACAGGAGAAUAUAAUAAUAGUGGAGAUGAAGAUGAUAAAAAAUACGAAAUUAACAGCGAUGAAGAAACAUUACCAUUCAAAUGUUUCAUUUGUCGCAAUAGUUUUACCGACCCUGUAGUUACAAAAUGCAAACAUUAUUUCUGUGAAAAAUGUGCUUUAGAUCAAUAUAGAAAAAGUACAAGAUGUUACAUAUGUAAUGUGCAAACCAAUGGCGUAUUUAAUCCAGCCAAGGAGCUAAUUGCGCGGACGAAGAUAGAAGAGAAAGCGAGAACUGUAGAAGAUGAUGAAAUUUCUGAUGAAUAAAAUAAAGCACAUAUAUUCUUUAUUUUUAAAA